UGAGAUGCGUCCUUGUGUCUCUAAUUUCUAUUUACUUGUCUUUGAGACGGGGGAAUUGACUUCGGUGCCUCAAAAGCAACAGAGGGAGAGAGAGAGAGAGAGCUAGAGAGAGAGAGAGCUGCAAGUUUUUUGCAUUCAUGGGUGCGGGUAGAGAUGAAAGCAGUGAAAUGGAGAUUGACCUGUCCCUUAAACUAGAUACCCAGAAAGAUGGUUCAUCAAAGGCAGGCGACGAUCAACAAGUUUCGAACGAUCCGAACCCAAAACAGGCAGAGAAUAAUAAAGAAGGAGAAGCAGAAGAAGAAGUACUCGAAGAUGAUGCAUCAGUUGACAUGUCUUUGCAAGAAAAUUCCAACACAGAAGAGGUAUCUGUGUUGCAGAUGGAGAUGAACAAAAUGAAAGAAGAGAACAAGAUGUUGAGGGAGGCAGUGGACCAGGCAAUGAAAAACUACUACGAUUUGCAGAUGAAAAUCGCGGUUAUCCAACAAAAUAACAAAAAAAAGGACCCUAAAUUCUUCCUCUCGCUCAUCGGAAACGACAAUAUCGAUGAGGCGAACAGAAGUCCAAGAACUUUGGACAUGAAUAGCCAGACACCGUCAACGCCUUCGCAAGAAGAUGAUCCCAGAGAGAGUGAACUAGGGUUAUCUUUGGGAAUUCAGACUAGUGCAAGGCAAGAUCAAGAAAUCAGAGAAGAAGAUCAUAGUAAUAAAGAAGAGAGCAAGGAAUUAGACGCGGCGAGGUUUUCGCAAAGUAAGCUACAGCGCAGCGAGUUGGCCGGAGUUACAAAUGUCGCUUCUCCACCCAACAGAAAAGCUAGGGUUUCAGUCAGAGCAAGAUGCCAAACAGCCACUAUGAACGACGGUUGCCAAUGGAGGAAAUACGGACAGAAGAUAUCGAAAGGAAAUCCCUGCCCUCGAGCCUACUAUCGUUGCACGGUAGCUCCCGGAUGCCCGGUUAGAAAACAGGUGCAAAGGUGUUUAGAGGACAUGUCAAUACUCAUCACAACCUAUGAAGGGACCCACAACCACCCACUCCCAGUUGGGGCAACAGCCAUGGCCUCCACAACCUCCACAGCUGCUGCCUCCUUCAUGCUGGUGGACUCAAGCAACCCUCUCUCCAAUGGCAUGAGCAAUGCAAGCUUCAACCAGUUGCCAUCUUUUCCAUACCACAACCCUCACAUGAUGAACCCUCUCUCUCCCUACACAACAAGCAUUAGGAACCUAAACCCUAAUGACCCUUCCAAAGGGAUUGUCCUUGACCUCACCAACAACAACCCUUGCGACAUGCCGCAAUUCCACGCGGCGGCGGCGGCCAGUUCCUCUGGCUCGGCGACUCAAUUAGGGUUUCCUUGGAUGUUCAACAAACCGGGCAACCAUAUGGGCAGCUACGCCGCGGCCAACAGUCUUUUCGGUAAUUCCAAAGGCACGGGCGAUCAGGGCGGUUGGAGGUCGGGAGGAGAGGAGAGCAAGUCGUUGGCCGAGAACGUGAGCGCGAUCGCUUCCGAUCCCAAGUUCAGGGUCGCUGUCGCGGCCGCCAUCUCGUCGCUCAUCAGUACGGAAGCCCUAACGGGUAAUCAUCCGGCCGCGGGGCCUUCUUUAGGUGCCAACGAUGGGGAAGGCGGCAACAACUGGGUGCUUGAAUCUUUUCCGGCAAAUGGAAAACGGAAGGGGAGUUCGCCUUGAAGGAAAAAGAAAAUUGUUGUAGCUAUAUGGAAAAUACCUGUAGAGUACAUGAACUAGGCUAGGAGGCUGCUAGCUUUCUGUUCUAGAUUUGGAAAAAAUUGGUUUGGUAACGUAAAAGUUGAAAUUAACAUUGCUUUUGGAUUAAUGUUGGAUCAUUUUACCAUGUAAUAAGUUGUAUUUUGGUUCUGUUUGAAUGGAUUCCACCGCGUUGUUCGA